CGGUAUUCGCGGGAAAAUGUGUUAUGGCGGAAAAACACGUUUUUGCGGUUUUCGUGGGAAAAUGUGUUUUGGCGGGAAAACACGUUUUGCGGUUUUCACGAGAAAACACGUUAUGCAGUUUUGGCGGGAAAUGCAUUUUGGUGAGAAAACACAUUUUUUGGUUUUGGCGGGAAAACACGUUUUGUGGUUUUGGCGGGAAAAUAUGUCUUUGUGUUUUGGCGGAAAAAUGCGUUUUGAGGUUUUGGCGUGAAAACGCGUUAUGUGAUUUUGGCAUGGAAACACGUUUUGCGAUUUUUUACGGGAAAACAUGUUUUUGCAAUUUUGGUUGGAAACACGUUUUUGCAAUUUUUUCUGGAAAUGCGUUUUUUAGGGUUUUGGCGUAAAAAAUUCGUUAUUAGGUUUUCGCGGGAAAAUGCGUUUUUGUGGUUUUGCCAGUUUUCGUAUGUGACAAAAUGAUAUUAUGUUUAGGUUUGUAAUUUGUGAAUUACAUCAGAGGCAUAAUAGACAUUAUAUCAUAUUGAAUGAACCAUCUCCAUCCAAAUGGUACAAAUUAAUUAUAAAAUUAAGCUUAAAUUUUCGAAAGUCAUCCGGAUGAUCCAUCUAGAUGAAUUGCACUUUUAGUGCCUAUACGAAUAAAACUCUCAUCUCCAUCUAGAUGGUUUAUCCGGAUGGAGAAAUAAACAGCCCUUCUUGAAACGGGUUUGGUUUCUGACAGAGAGCUUGUUGUUGUUCUUCAUCUUUGUCGAAGAAAGUGAAUCCAUGUCAAAAACAAAAUCUUCGAGGGUUUUACUGAGAGAAGAGAAUUGUGAGUGAUUAUUAGUAACGUGACCAGAAGGUUUAGGGCUGUGUAUAUUUAUAGAUUUUGAUUAUUGUUGUUGAUUUCCUUUUUUAACUACUAAUCACGAAAAAAUUAUGUUGUGUCUUUCUAAUUUCAUUAAAAGACACUUCUUACCUGCCACAUAUUUUCUUGUUGUUGAAUGAUUUUAUCACCCCUUAAACUAAUCAAACUUUAACUAGUUAAAACAAACCAAGCAAAACAUGUGCUAUUUCUCCAAAAGUAAAGGUGAAAACCCUAAUCCCUCCUAGUUUCCAAAUCUCAAUUUCUCUAGCUCAUUCUGACUCCGCUAACCUAGAUUUCAAAAAAAAAAAAAAACUGUUCGUCACUCUCGUUCUCUAAACCCACGGCAGAGCUUCUCUUAAAUUAAUCGAUUUGGGAUUCCUCAUUUGAGUAUGACCAUCGGGGUCACUAUUCUCCAGCUCGUCACCGGUUCCGUCGCAUUUAACACCACCACCACGGGUCUCUUCCUUGUCAUUUUUCUUUUGUUUUCCUCAUAUUUUAGCUCUGUUUUGUUCUAAUUUAUUCCAGAUCAAGUAUACUUCUUCUCUUGACCUACGCAGAGAGAACCUUUGAAACUCGCGUUGAAUAUGGUGAUUCUCCACUUAAUCAAAGAAGAAAGAUGGCCAUCCAGCAAAGCUACAAGUGUUAAAAUUAUUCAACUCCAUCUAGCAACUCCAAGCUAAGUGUCUCUACAACCAUUGUAAAUAUAUAGUUUUCAUGUUUGUUUCUUCUAGACCUCUUCUUUCACCUUGCUCUCACACAAGAGACUGUGUGAAGUAAGUGUGGGGGGAGAGUCUACUUAUCUCACAUUUUUUCUGUUUUGUUUACUUGUCAUAAGCAUUGCAUAUCCAUUUGCAUAGAAAAUCCAUAAAAUUAUGCAAAAUUCCAAAAAUUACAAAAAAUAAACAUUUAGUUAUAUCAUUUGCAUCUUUAGGUUUGAGUCUAGAUCAUAUAGAAUACAUAGGUAAAAUCCCUACAAAGGGCUCAUGCAAUGAACUCAUUGUUGAUACCCUUUUGAAUCAUAAUAAGUAGCUUGAGCUUCUUCUGAAUUUCUUGUAGACUUCGAGCCUUGAAAACUCCUUUUAAGACUCAUUGAAUCUUACUCUUUGAAACCAACUCCGAUCUUAAUUGACUUAAAUGAACUUAAUGCUUCUUGCUUAUGGUCUCUUGAGUACUAAAUCAUGGCUUUACACACACUUGAGCUUGUCUAAACCGUUAUACCAAUCUUUUUGACAACUCAAGUGGUAGUCCAUACCCUAAACCCUUCCCUUCUUUCAAACCAUCAUUAAUUGUUGAGUGAGGUCUUUUUGUGAAAGCUUGUCAUGUGCAAAAUCUUGAGAGUAUUAGGAGCGACAUUGAUUUGUUCUCAUCUCUUGCUAGCAUUAGGACCUCUUUUGGGCUAGCAUCUAGGAUGGUGGUUGGAAUGAUGUGCUUUAAUUAUUUUGAUCUUGGGGAUUGAAUUGGGAAAAAAAAUGUAAAGGAAAUGAAUCAAAUAGUGUGUCUAAAACAACUAGGAACAAAAAAAAAAAAUAGGAAGAUAGCUCAGAUUGUGUCAAUAAAAACCCCAAAAAGAAAAGAAGAAAAAAAAAAGAGAAUGGGGAUAAAAAAAUUUUGAGCUAAGAUACAUAGUUGUUAAGACAAAGAAAAGAAAAUAAAAGAGUGUUCAUUGGGUAAGAGAUAAAAAUGGGUGUAUAUUUGGGAUUUGAGAUGAAGAAAAGAAAGGGUAGAACUUAAAAAUUGUCUAGGAAAAGGGUACAAUGAUGAGAACCGAUUUAUGUAUGCAUUAAUUGCUCCUUUUCUUAGAUAAAUUUUGCAUAAUGAUCAAGCUCUUAUUCUUGAGUGUAAGUCACCAUAGCAAAAUGUAUUUGGACCCUUCUCAUUCUUCACAUUAAGCCAUUUUUCUCACCAAACCAAAUGAUUUGGACCAAUUGGCAAUUUGCGAGAAUUCACUUAUGAUAUUUCUUAUUGAAUGUGAGAGUUGGUUGAUUUGAGGAUUCAUGAUAAUGAGUUAAAAGAUCAAAGGAAUUGAUAGGCCUAGAGAAGUUAGAGCUAAUAAAAAUAUCUUGCUCUUGCUAUUUGGUAUGAUUUUGUAAGGAUAUCACAACGAUGGCAUUGAAGAGUUUCUUAAGGUCAUGAAUUUCCAUUUGUGUAUUGAAACAUCACUUCCCAUGUUCUUGAAAGUUUACUUAAGGACAAGUAAAGGACUAGUGUGGGGGAGUUGAUGUGUUGUGAUUUUGCAUAGUUUUAGCUUUGUUAUUUCAUAUAUAUUCAUGCAUUAACCUUACAUUUAUUUGCAUUUAGAGUCUAUUGCAUGUACAUUUGCAUCUUGUAGGUGUUGGAUGAAUUGUUUGGAGUUUUGGAGGUGAUUAGAGGACAAAAGGAGCUUUCGAGGAGUCUUGAACCGAACGUGUGAAAGACAAGCAUGGAUGAAGGUCUUAAAGAUAUCUUUUGAAACUUGUCUUUUGCGAAGACAUGGUAAAUUGAGUUAGCUUUUCAAUGGAGGUGGUUUCAAGUCGUUUGGAGCUGUAUUGAGGGAUUUAUGACCAAAAUACUACACACAUAUCAGUAUGACAUUCCUAGCGGCCACCCUAGCAACAUCAACAAUAGCCUUCGAAUUUUAAGCCUUCAGAUUCAGUUUUAUUCACUUAAAACCUAUAAAACUCAUUACUAUUCACUAUUCUUCUUUUUUUUGGUAUUCUAAAGGUGUGUGCAACUUUAAUGAGUGAGUUUUAUCAUGAGUUUGCUGGCUCUUUUGGCCUAACUUUCUCUACCUUUUCUGAAGAGGCAAGACUACUUUGGCCAUAUGAAGAGGCAAAAGGUGUUCUAUAAUGGAAGAAAGUGGAGAAUAACUUUUAUGAGUGUGUUUUAUGCUUUAUGCUUUCACAUGAUGGAUGUGUUGUCAUCCUCCUUUACUUAGGCUAUAAAAGAGACUGCAAGGGGAAGGAGGAAGACACAAUACACAGAGUACAAUACAACAAAGAGUAGAGAGUGAAAGUUUUAUAGUUUCAUAUUUUGUAUUUUGAGAGUUUGAGAGAAAACAUUUGUUCUUGGAGUGUUCUUGAAGUUUAUGUUAUAAAGUCUUGUUUUCCUUUAGCCAUUAUCUUCAUCUAAUUUCUGUUUCUUGUUUUCAUAUAUCAUAUCAUCUUGAUUAUGCUUCUAUCCAUCAUGGGAUUAAGUGUAAACAAGAUGAUUAGUGAGUAAUCACCCUUAGGAUCAAUGGGUUAGGUAGAUUAAUGGAUGAUUAGGGAAGAGUUAAGGUGUUCUAAUGGUUAAAUGCUUAGAUUUCUAUGCUUACUAAGUAUUCUUAAUGCUAGAUUAAUUUUGGCCAUUUUAAUCUAGAUUCUAAGUGUUUGUAGGGCAUCGAAAGUGUUUGCAUAAUGCUUGAAUGGACCUAGUAAAGCUCUAGCUUGAAUAACCAAGGAAUUGUUGUUAGGAUUGCUAGAUGGUUAGUAGACUAGAACUUAAUGUAUGUUUGAGUGAACAAAACGAACGGAAGUUGAUGUUUAGUUCAUAAUUGCAUAACGGUUUCUACCACGGGAGUGGAUUAAUCUAAAUUGAAUGAAAUCUAGACCUAUAGAAAGUUAAGAUUAUUUGAAGUUAGACGCCUUGAUUUAGAACUAUCACCUUGAAAUCAAUUGCCUAAAUACCCAUUGGUUCUUCUUUGUUAUAUUUGAAUUAAAACUUAAGUUAUUUCGCACUGUUACUUGUUACAAACAAACAUCAUUUGAUUGCACUUAGAUUGAGAUAAAUGGCUUGCAUUCUAAGUGCUUAGAAUCACUAGAGAUUGGAUUGACAUCUUAAGUACUACAACACUUAAGGAUUAAACUUAAGCUUUACCAAGUUUUGGCGCCGUUGCCAUUCUCUAGAUUGAUUUUGACAUUAGGAUUUGGUCAUUACUUGAGACUAAGUCUUAUUUUUCAUUUUUAAGUUACUAAUUAUCUAUCUUCAUCUCUAUUUGGAUGACAGGUGCAUGAACUUGAGAAGCAAAGAAUCAACAAAUCUUGCACCAAGAGUGGACAACAUCAAAGCCUUAGAAAGAGAGUUGGGAAGACAGAGAAGAGAAAGAGAAAAGCAAGCCCACUUACAUAGAUUGGGGCUUGAGAUGGAGAGAAACCCGAAUCAACCGGAAGGUGUCUAUGGAGUUGAUGAUCAUAGACAAAAUGUCCAAGGAGUUCCUCCUGGAGCUGCUCAAGAGGAACAUGGCCAAGGAGCUGCAAACCUUAGGCCUCAAAAUCAACAACGCCGGGGAAGAUCCAUUGGCACUUAUGACCAGCCCAAUAUCCAUGGGAAGAGAUUGGGUAUUAGAGCAGCUGCUGUGGGCAACAACAACUUUGAGAUCAAGUCAAGCUUGAUCAACAUAAUUGAGUCCAACAAAUUCCAUGGUCUAGCCUUGGAGGAUCCACUAGAUCACUUGGACAAAUUUGACAAAUAUUGUGGAACCACAAAGACUAAUGGAGUUUCCGAAGAUGCUUUCAAACUAAGAUUGUUUCCAUUUUCAUUGGGAGACAAAGCUCACACAUGGGAGAAGAGCAUUCCAAGCGAUUCCAUCACUACAUGGGAGGAGUGCAAGCGAGCUUUCCUCAACAAGUUCUUCUCAACUUCAAGAACUGCAAAGAUUAGAAAUGAAAUCUCUGGAUUUCAACAAAAGAACCUGGAAGGAUUUGGAGAAGCUUGGGAAAGAUUCAACGGGUACUUAUCAAAAUGCCCUCACCAUGGUUUCACAAAUGAGAAUUUGCUCAGCACAUUCUAUAGAGGACUCCUACCCAACCACAGAAGCAGGCUUGAUACGGCUAGCAAUGGAUCCUACUUGGGGAGAACUGAAGAAGAUGCAAUGGAGCUGGUAGAGAAUAUGGCAAAGAGUGAUUCGGUGUACAAUGAUGAUUUUGAUAGGCAUAACCGUGGUGGAGGCAGUGAUGACCAUUUCACUAGGAAAGACAUCAAAUCCCUACAAGACAAAAUUGAUCUUCUCUUCAACGAAAGAACUACCCAUUCACAAAUUAAUUAUGUUGGUGAACAAGCCCGAGGAGAACCAGGAUUUAUCAAUGAAGUUGAAGGUUUGGAAGGACAACAAGACGUGUCUUACAUCAAUGCUAAUGGUACUUGGUUCAAGAAAGAACCAACCUACCAAUACCAACAAAGAGAACAAGGAAGCUACCAAUACCAACCUAAAGAUCAAGCUCCAUACCAAUACCAACAAAGGGGCCAAGGAAACUUCCAAAACAAACCUCAAUACCAAGGCAACUACCAGCAAAAACCAGUUUACAAUAAUCAACAAGGAGGUUAUCAAGGCAAUACAAACUUCCCACCGGGCUUUACCAACAAAGGGAAUCAGUCUACACAAGCCCAAGCUGGAUCUUCUACUUCUGCUCCACAAGAAAGUAGUACUGAGACUAUGUUGAGACACAUCUUGGAAUCUCAAACUAGAAGUGAGAAGCACAUUGGGUAUGAGCUGAAGAAUAUCCAGAACAGGAUUGAUGGAAACUACAAUGAUCUCAACAGCAAGUUCAAGGGUUUGGAAAAUCAGUUUGCCUCCAUGAGUUCAAGUCAAAAUCGCCAACAAGGUUCACUUCCUGGAAAGGCUGAGCAAAACCCCAAAGAAACAAUGAAAGCAAUCACACUUAGGAGUGGUAGAGAGUUGCCUCCUAGAGUUCUCAUUAAGGAUAAUGAGAAGCAAGGUGGGGAGGUUGUCAUCAAUGUAGAUGAUGAUGUGGCCAUUAUUGAUGAAAAGAUUAAUGAAGAGAUCUUGGAGAAGAUAGUUGAUGCCAAGGGAAAGAGAAAGAUUGGAGAAGAGAAGAAAGUUGUGAGCAAGAAUGAAGCUGCCACUUCAUCAAAGGAAGCUUCAGUCACUCCUCCUCCAUAUGAGCCCAAGCUUCCUUUUCCUGGAAGAUUCAAGAGACAGCUUUUGGAGAAGUACAAAGCAUUGUUUGAGAAGCAGAUGAGAGAGGUUCAUGUUACUAUGCCUAUUAUUGAUGCUUUCAUGUUGGUUCCUCAGUACAGUAAAUUCUUGAAAGAUGUUGUGGCACAGAAGAAGAAAGAAAUGGAAGGGAUGGUGGUGCUUACUCAUGAGUGCAGUGCCAUCAUUCUGAGAUUGACAGUCCCAAGGAAGCUACAAGACCCAGGCAGCUUCACUUUGCCAUGUGCUAUUGGACCUUUGACAUUUGAGAGGUGUCUAUGUGAUCUAGGAGCAAGUGUUAGCCUCAUGCCUUUGUCUAUUGCCAAGAAGCUUGGGUUUACUCAGUACAAGAAGUGUAGGAUCUCUCUAGUGCUGGCUGACCGCUCUGUAAAGCUCCCCAUUGGCAUCUUGGAAGAUCUCCCUGUGAUGAUUGGGAACUAUGAGAUCCCUACUGAUUUUGUGGUGCUAGAGAUGGAUGAAGAGCCUAGAGAUCCUUUGAUCUUUGGAAGACCUUUCCUUGCAACUGCUGGAGCUAUGGUGAAUGUAAGACGUGGCAAGAUUGAUCUCCAUCUUGGGAAAGGAAACACUCUUCACUUUGACAUCAAGGAGGUAAUGAAGAAACCCACCAUUGAAGGGCAGAUGUUCUACAUCGAUGAGAUGGAAGCCCUUGCUGAUGAGUACCUAGAAGAGUUGGCACUGGAUGACUCCCUACAACAUGCUCUCACCAUAAACAAAGAAGCUCGGCUCAUUAAAGAUGGAGUGAGCUUGGAGUAUGAGAAGCUGCUCAAUUCCCGUGAAGAGUUAGUCGAUGAAGGCAGGUUCCUGGAACUGCCACAAACAGAUCAACAUGUCGCCACGGUCGCUGUCCAAGCCGAAUCUCAAGAGGAUGAUUGGAGUGAACUCAAGGCUCCCAAGGUCGACCUCAAGCCACUCCCCAAGGGGCUCAGGUAUGCUUUUCUUGGAUCCAAUAACACAUAUCAUGUCAUAGUGAGUAGUGAACUCGAUGAAAUUGAAUUGCAUGCACUCUUGAAAGAACUUAGAAAAUACAGAAAGGCAAUAGGGUACUCAUUGGAUGAUAUUAAAGGGAUAUCACCCUCAUUGUGCACACAUAGGAUACAUCUUGAAAAUGAAUCAAUGAGUUCUAUAGAGCAUCAAAGAAGGUUGAACCCCAACCUGAAAGAAGUUAUUAAGAAAGAGAUUAUCAAACUUUUAGAUGCUGAUGUUAUAUAUCCUAUCUCAGAUAGUAAUUGGGUAUCACCUGUGCAUGUAGUCCCAAAGAAAGGUGGUAUUACUGUGGUUAGAAAUGAAAAUGAUGAAUUGAUACCCACUAGAACUGUAAUAGGGCAUAGGAUGUGUAUUGAUUAUAGAAAACUUAACUCAGCCUCUAGGAAGGAUCACUUUUCAUUGCCAUUCAUUGACCAAAUGAUUGAGAGGCUUGCAAAACAUCCAUAUUAUUGCUUUCUUGAUGGGUAUUCAGGGUUCUUCCAAAUCCCAAUACAUCCCAAUGAUCAAGAGAAGACAACUUUCACAUGCCCCUAUGGUACCUUCGCCUAUCGAAGGAUGUCAUUUGGGUUAUGUAAUGCUCCAGCAACCUUUCAAAGGUGCAUGAUGUCUAUCUUCUCAGAUCUCAUUGAGGAUGUAGUGGAGGUAUUCAUGGAUGAUUUCUCUGUCUACGGAUCCUCUUUUUCUGCUUGUUUGUCAAAUUUGUGCAGGGUCAUACAGAGAUGUGAAGAUACCAACCUUGUGCUGAAUUGGGAGAAGUGCCACUUCAUGGUUAAAGAAGGGAUUGUGCUUGGGCACAAGAUUUCAGAGAGAGGCAUUGAAGUGGACCAAGCCAAGAUUGAGGUGAUGGCGAGGUUGGCUCCACCAAAAACAGUGAAAGACAUUAGAAGCUUCCUUGGCCAUGCUGGUUUCUACAGAAGGUUCAUCAAAGACUUCUCCAAAAUAGCUAGACCAUUGACCAAGCUGUUGUGCAAAGAGAUCAUCUUCAACUUUGAUGAAAAAUGCCUAGAAGCCUUUAAGAAGCUGAAGGAGGAGCUCACCAGUGCCCCAAUAGUUCAACCACCAGAUUGGAGUCUACCCUUCGAAAUCAUGUGCGACGCCAGUGACUAUGCUGUGGGGGCAGUCUUGGGGCAAAAGAAGGACAAGAAGACACAUGUGAUCUACUAUGCUAGUAGAACACUUGAUGAUGCCCAAAUGAAGUAUGACACAACUGAGAAGGAGCUGUUGGCAAUUGUCUAUGCCUUCGAGAAGUUCAGGAGCUACCUGGUAGGGUCUAAGGUCAUUGUCUACACUGACCAUGCUGCACUGCGACAUCUACUAGCCAAGAAGGAUGCCAAGCCAAGGCUGCUCAGAUGGAUAUUAAUACUACAAGAGUUUGAUCUCAAAAUCAAGGACAAGCCAUGAGUGGAGAAUGGUGUAGCUGAUCACCUUUCAAGAUUAAGAGUGGAGUGUGGGAUUCCUAUUGAUGAGGGACUCCAUGAAGAGCAGAUUAUGGCUACAGAAGCAAUGGUCACAGCUUGUGAGACUGGAAGGAAGAUUGAAGAAAUGAAGGCAAUUGAUGAAACAGGCCCAUGGUAUGCUGAUCUAGUGAACUACUUGGCAUGUGGAAGGGAACCAUUGAAUCUGACAGGCUAUGCAAGGAAGAAGUUCUUCAAGGAUGUGAAGAGAUACUACUGGGACGAGCCUUACCUCUACACUCUUUGCAAAGAUCAAAUCUAUAGAAGAGUAGUAGCUCAAGAGGAGGUGGAAGGAAUCCUCACACACUGCCAUGGACCAGCCUAUGGAGGUCACUUUGCCACCUUCAAGACUGUCUCCAAGGUGCUACAAGCAGGAUUUUGGUGGCCCCAUAUGUUCAAAGACACACAAGAGUUUGUGUCAAGGUGUGACCCAAGCCAAAGGAGAGGGAACAUCACCAAGAGAAAUGAGAUGCCUCAAAAUCCUAUCUUGGAGGUGGAAGUGUUUGAUGUGUGGGGCAUUGACUUCAUGGGACCAUUCUCAUCUUCCUAUGGUAAUGAAUACAUUCUUGUUGCUGUGGAUUAUGUCUCCAAAUGGGUGGAAGCUAUAGCCAGCCCAACCAAUGAUGCUAAGGUUGUCCUCAAGAUGUUCAAGAGCAUUAUCUUCCCAAGGUUUGGAGUCCCAAGAGUUGUGAUCAGUGAUGGAGGCACCCACUUCAUCAACAAACUUUUUGAGAACCUUCUUAAGAAGAAUGGUGUCAAGCACAAGGUGGCAACUGCUUAUCAUCCCCAAACAAGUGGCCAAGUUGAGAUUUCCAACAGGGAGAUAAAGUCCAUUUUGGAGAAGACUGUGGGGACAACAAGGAAGGAUUGGUCUACAAAGCUUGAUGAUGCACUUUGGGCCUAUAGGACUGCUUUCAAGACACCCUUGGGAACCACUCCCUUCAAUCUUGUCUAUGGGAAAGCUUGCCAUCUGCCAGUGGAGCUUGAGUACAAGGCACUAUGGGCUGUUAAAAUGCUGAACUUUGACAUCAAGAGUGCCAAAGAGAAAAGAAUUUUCUAACUCCAUGAGCUUGAUGAGAUUCGACUUGAUGCUUUUGAGAACUCAAGGAUUUACAAAGAAAAGACCAAGGCAUUCCAUGACAAGAAGAUCCUGAAGAGGGAGUUCAACAUUGGAGAUCAAGUGUUGCUCUUCAACUCUCGAUUGAAGUUGUUCCCUGGAAAACUUAAGUCAAGAUGGUCCGGCCCUUUCAAGAUCAAAGAAGUGAGGCCAUAUGGAGCAAUUGUGCUUUAGAACAAGACCGGUGGGGACUUUACAGUGAAUGGGCAAAGAGUCAAGCUGUACAUGGCGGCCACACCUGAGAAGGAAGGAACCUCGGUUCCACUUUCCGAUCCCAAACCAGCCUAAACC